UUCUAUUAAAAAACUAUGUGGAUAUUACUGUAUUAAAAGCCCAUCACCAUUUUCUGAGUAGUCUAUGUCAUUAAAUACAGUUGGGGUUAAAUUGAGUAUUUUAAAAUUAACAAUAAUAAGAUAUUUUUUAAAUCAACAAUUUCAUAAAAUGACACAAAAUGUCUGCAAAUCUGUCAGAGAUGAUAGCUAAAGCAUCAACACAAUUUACCUCUGAUAUUGUGAAGGCAAUAGAAGAUGCUGAAUUCCAAAUGGAUGACAUCGAUCAACUAACUAGAGAAGAUGUGAAUGAGGAAUUCAGAGGAUUUCGCUUUGGAAUCAGAAAAGAAUUGUGGUUAUUUUUUAAAGCGUUCAAGAGAAGUCCUCCAAAAUUACAGGAUGCAAGAACAACGAAGACUAUCCUUAAUGAAAAUAUACAAGAAGAAAGAGAUCCGUGCAUCAUUAAGAAAGUUACUUCAGUUUCAUCUCCGAAUAUGUUUUCAAAUUACUUUCGUAAAAAUGCACAGGGUCUUGUUCCAAUAUCAUCCGAUGAUGAAGCCGAAUCCUCGAAUUCAUCUAUAUUUGGGCCUUCCUCACCAAUACAUAAUAAGAUCGUACCCAAGUCCCCUAAAAGUCCUAAUGCAUUUUUCAUUCCCUAUCCUGGAAAUAUAACAUCACCUUUCCCAUUAAGCCAAAUUCUCAAAGAGUCUUUAGUAGGCAAUAACAGUAUUAAGCGAAAUGAUUCUGUGUUUAACAGUCUUGUGGCUGAAGUUCAUAACACUUUGAAAAACAGUCUUGGACCAAAUAUAUCAGAAGGUGAUUUACGAUAUACAGCAGCCAUGUUAUGUGUUGAAUACCCAGGCCUUCGCAGUGAAGGAGAGGAUGGUUGGACAAUGCUUUACUCAGCUUUAAAAGACUGGAAUUCUCUCCAUGUGACAUCACAAAGUCCCAUUGACCUGCAUGAUAAUUCCAAUCCUGAUGAUGAGGUAUCGGAUUGUCCUGAAACCUCUAGUACAAUGACCUUCCAAAACCAGAAGAAAAGCUAUCUUGCUUCUAAAAAUGCAUCUCCUUUGCCUUACCCUAAUGGUAUAACUUGGCCUUUUCCUUUAAACGUAUCGCUACGGGAAUAUAUGUCAAAGGGAUAUGACAUCUUGAAUAAUACGAACAGAAAAGCAUUCCAAGAAUUAGUGAGAGAUAUAUCAACUAUUCUCAAAAAUGUUCUCGGACGAAAUCCUGACCAAUACGAAGUAAAGUGUACAGUUACUAACCUAUGCCUUGAGUACCCGGUUCUUUGUCAAAAUGGAUUAAGAUACUCCCCUACACUACAUCGGGCGAUAAGAAAGAAAUUCAAUAACAUGGAUUAUAAAAAAAGAAGUCAGACACAGAUUUAUCCUCCACAUGAUGCCCAUAUAGUUAAAAUUGAAGAAGGCCUUCCAUCAAAACGACAAUGUACUGAAGAUGAGUAACAAGCAUGAAGAGUGAGGAAAUUGCCAUGUUUCAAUGCCAGGCAAUCCAGCGAACCUCUUAGUCUUAUACAAUGAAGUUAUCUGCAACUGGCAAGGAUUUACCUUAAAGCACACGAGUUAUGAUUAGUAUCAACCUGUUUUAUACCCAAUCAUAAAUUCUGUUGUACAGCAGAUCUAAGAGUGUUCAUUUUAGCUUCAAUUUUUUAUUGAGUCAACAGAAGUUUCCCUGAAUUUGUGUGACCUUUUUAUACAUACUUGCCUACCGUAAGUCGAUUUUAGGUCUUGCCCCUAUCUUUUUAUCAAUUAUUUAAUUUUCAUUUUACAUUUUGUUUCAAAUUCGUGCAAGUGUGUUGUGUAAUCAUGCUUUUAAUUAUUUUUUAUUGAAAUUAUCCAGGUAUUAAAAUAUCAACACUUGAAGGCAUUUGGUAGUGAUGGACCAGUGGUUCC